AGCAGAGAGACCGUCUCUCUUCUGGGUCCCAGCCAUGGCUGCCACAGCCUCGGCCUCCUGGUGCCACCCUGGGGGAAAGGACAAGGUGAUGUGGAAGGCGCUUGUCAUCAUGGCCCUGCUGCAGGCACAGCUCCCAGGAACAGAGGCGCAGAGUUUUGGCCUGCUGGAUCCCAAACUGUGCUACCUGGUGGACGGAAUCCUUUUCAUCUAUGGCGUCAUUAUCACUGCCCUGUUCCUGAGAGCAAAGGUGGGUACUGCGGACUCUGGGGAGCAGUCCCUGAGCCUUUCCCGUCGGUUCUAGGAGCUCAAUCUGGGAGGAAGACAGGAGUAUGAAGUUUUGGACAAGAGACGAGGCCUGGACCCUGAGAUGGGAGGAAAGCAGCAGAGGAGGAGGAAUCCUCCGGAAGUCGUGUACAAUGCACUGCAAAAAGACAAGAUGGCGGAGGCCUACAGUGAGAUUGGGAUAAAAGGCGACCGGCGGAGAGGGAAGGGGCAUGAUGGCCUCUACCAGGGGCUCAGCACGGCCACCAAGGACACCUAUGAUGCCCUCCACAUGCAGACCCUGCCCCCUCGCUAAGAGCACCGGGCAUUUCGCCAAUCACAGGCCAGACCUGAAGACACCCAGAUUGUGAAAGACACAGGAUAAAGCGUUUAUAACCCAGUUCACUCGUAUUUCUUCACCACCCAAGUAUUCCUUUUUAAGAAUAGGACGCUUCGCGUUGUAACAUUUGGUCACGUCCAUUUCCAAACCGUCAUGCACGGAACGUCGUCCCUGGACUCUGCAGGGGAGUGCGUUCCCCCAGGGCUGAGGCCCCGUCCUCGAGGAGCCCGUGGUGAACCCCGCAGGUUCUCGGGUCUUCUGGUUUGUUGGGGACUGUGGACAGGCCCCCGUCCUGGAGGCUCUGGGCUCUCACCUGGGAGACGGGUGCACACUCCUCACAGCCAUGUUUGGUCCAUGUUUUGUCAAGUCCCCAGAGAAACUCAAAUGUUAGCACAUAUCCUAAUAGGCUCUAUUGUCCUGUCCGUAUUUGAGUGGCUUUGCUCCUGCUGUAAAUCCGGCGUCUGUUGUCAACCCGUGCCUUCAUGUCAAGGUGACUUGUAACUGGGGCAAAGGGGCUGUCGUGCAUCCCUGUGAAAGGUCUGUGCAGAGGGGACAAUGGGAGGGGAGCCGGGGCACGUCCGCGGUGGAUGAGGUGGGGAGGGGCAGGGGGU